AGCUAUUAUCCUGAAGUGACUCGUGCUACGUAUAAAAGGCAGAGACAUGAUUUGCCUGCUUCACAUUCACACUUCACUGUCUCACAGAGUUUUGGCUUGCUGAUAGUUCCCUUGGCUCUGGGCAUCACUGCUAUUAUGAAGAUGAGGAUUCUUCUGCCAGGGGUUUUUCUUGGACUUCUUGCUGUGAUCCACUCUUCACCUAUUGACUCUAUGACCCAGGUCUCUCCCAAGCAAGAGGAUGAUGUUCUAGAAGAGGUCAUGACAGAUGGGUUCCUUGUUGACCAUCCUUUUGGCACUUCGUUCACGACUGAGCCCCCCAAAAGAAACACAAUGGCGCAGGCAUCCCAGCAGCCGUCUUCUGAAGUCGAGGGCAGUGGUGUCUUCGAACAUUCUGGGAUUUCUGGGACCGAAUCCCCUGAAAUGUCCACAACGGUUCAGGCAGCGCUGCUGCCCUUCUCUAGUGAAGGCAGUGGUUUCUUAGUGACACCUACUUCACCAAUAGGCAAAACGCCUGAAAUGACAACUAUCCCCACAACUCCGACCUUGGAUGUCUCAGUUGAGGAAAGUGGUACCACAAUCAACUGUGUUUCCUCCUUUAAAGACUUACGGGCUCCAUCUCUACAAACAACCUCAGAGGACACACCAGAAGGUAGUGGUGACAGCUUAGUCUCCAGCACAACAACUCUGAGUGCUUCAACUACACUGCCCCCUACCAUCUCAAAUCAGCCUGAAGAACCAAGAAUCAUCCCAGACUCUGGGAACGUAAAAGGAGCCAGGAUGUAUAUAAACCCGGCUGAGAGAACAAACAGUGCGCUUCCACAUGUAUCAGAAGGACCAAACUCACAAAUGCAGAAUGGACACGUCACACCUGAUUGGAUCAUUAUCCUUGGAUUUAUUGUUGGUGUCGCAGCCCUCGUAGCACUUUGCGCUGCUAUAGCUACCAGAGACAAAUGGAAUGCUCCCAAGGAGAUGUCCGAGAACAAAACGAAUGUCUCGAACCAGAAGAGGGAGCAGGAGAUGCAGACUUUCCUGCACAAAGAAGAGCCCAAACAGAAUGGAAAGGAAGCCGAGUACACAGUUAUUCCCCUGAACGACCUUCCUGAUUGUUAUUCAUCAGACUGAGGUUGAGAGUCUGACCAUCUGGAGCAAAUCACAAGACUGUUUUUUUUUUCUUUUUAAUAACAUGACGUUUUUUAAAGGAACAAAACUGGACUGUUCAGCAGAAUUAUUUCUGUGGAAUUUCGCACUUCUGGACUUGUUCUGACAGAAGUGUCUUCUUUUUUUUUUGAAUGAUGCCUUUCCUAAAGCUUCAUGGGACUUGAAAUGUAAAAAAGGCUGAUAUAUUUAUUGCCAUAUUCAACUUUUUUUUUAUUACAUAGACAACUAUUCAGGUAUGGUGCACAGAUGCCUUUUAUUUCAUUUCAUUUCAACAAGAAAGGUUUUUGACAAAGUGUAUUGUUUCCUUUUUUAUUGUAAUUGUCUCACUUUUUUACGUGUAUUUGUUUUAAUGUUAUUUCAAUAUCUUUGUAGUAAUCUUAUUGAAGAAUGUAUUGUGAGUUUUAACUUAUAUGAAGCUGCUCUGCUGCUUUCCUAUUUCCAUUAUGCAGCCUGGGAACACUGAGCAGCACCCAGCCUGCUAACUCCACUGCUCUUCUUUUCUCCCACACAUCACUUCAAAGGUUGUGAAACGCACUUGCCGAAUAUUCAUUGCGUCCCACGUCAAGCAGGAAAUAAACAGCAACUCAUCAGUAAA